AUGGGCAACCCAGUACACGUUGUUGUUGAAUAUGACCCACUCAAGUCACGGUUGACAGGAGCGUCCAUUGCUGUACAGCCAUCAGGAUAUCGACCGCUUGCAUCUGCAUUGGUGGAUACAUUGGACUGGCCAUUGAGAGCUAGUCGUACAUCUGGAAAUGCAAUGUCAUCGAUCCCAGUCCCAGAACCUUCCUCAUCCAUAGAUGCCUCGUUUUCAGACUCUAUGUUGCAUCUCUCAAACAGUAGAGCAUUUCGUACCAUUACUCUGGGUAGUUUAAUAGCAAGGUCUGAAGUUAAUCCCAAUUCGCUUGUAUCAGACAGUUAUACUUAUACUGGAUUUGGAAGCUAUGCUGGCCAAAGAAGCAGCUUUUUUCAUAUGCGACAACCUGCAUUUCCUGAUGAGAUGUCAGAGAAUCUAUCCCAGUCAUCUAGUCCUGGAAUUGGAUAUCGCCAACAAAGCAUUGCAUCAGACAUACCUCAAUCAUCCUUGACUGCCAGAAACAGAACCGCAUCUGGCUUUUCAAGCCUCUCAUCUUCUCCCGUACUCGAAAGGUGUCCUAUGUGGGAACAUCCUCGCAGAAUGCUAUUGGAAAUUCAACAACGUGAAUUGCAUAUAAACCAGCAACAUCCACUUCGACGAGCUAAUGCAGUUCGUCGCUCCACGUCUGAAGAGUCUGAUACGGCAAAUGGACAGCCCGUUUUGGAAUUUUUAGAAUACCCUGAAGAGUAUCCUGACGAAGGAGCUGAAAAUCGCAGCUUUGGAUCCGGAUCCGGAUCCGGUGCCAGAACCACUCGAAUUCGUUCCAAUGUAACGGUAGACGAUCUGGAACAGCUCAUCAUUCGCCAACUACGACCACGUACAUUCAACCUAUUGCUCGGAAGUUCAGCUACCGUAUCCCGUCGUAAUCGUGCAUCAGCAUCCCCUAAUCUUAGUUUGCAAGAGCAAUCUAAUUCUAUAAAUGAAUCGGAAAGUGGCCAGUCGUUGUCCAUUGAAGGAGUGAUGGAGCGAUUGAGACGACAACUUCGAAACUCGUCUACACAACAGCUUCAAAACAGCGACGAUCGAGUUCAUCGGAGGCGAGUCGGAACCACCGUUGUCACUGAUCGAUCCUCUGCUUUGGCUUCAAACCAACAGGGUAAUAGUGGUCGAGAAUUGAGAAAUAACGUGUAUUCCAGAGGCUCCAUGCGAGAACAGCGUUUGAGCAAUUCGCCUCCUGCAUCUAGAACUUCCCUCACAUCAUCGCUUACAAAUACAGGCGUUUCUACUGCUGCCAACAAUACUAUAGAUGCUGCUUCACUUUUUUCGUCAUUUUUGCCAACUGAUAUGGAAAGACAGUCCACAGGCACUCAAAACUCCAAUCUGGGAACUGACUCGGCACUUUCGCAAAGGUAUCGAUCCCAUCCAUCUGGAACACUUGCAUCGCGACGGCUCUUUAUUGCUUCCACUCUUCCAAAUUUUUCAUCUUUAUUCAGUAAUACACUCUUAUCUGCACAAGCCACAUCACCCACUGUAGAUUCUUCUGACACACAAUCUGGUGGUUUGGCAGCUAACCAAAGGAAUACAUCAGCAAAUUCAUUAUCCAUUUUCCCAGAAAGUACCCGACGAUGGAGUGUAAUUGAACGAGCACAAAACUUGAUUACCUCUACAAACGCUCUGCUUGCUGCAACACCAGUCAGUUCACUGGGUUCCCGAUCCAAUCCUUCCACAUUAGACUCUGAUUCUUCUGACCAGACCAGUACAUCAUUUCGGGAAUCUAAUCGGUCAAGAUUGCAAGUGCCUGGUAUACAAAGCGGAUCACCUGCUUUGACAAAUACUAUUUUAUCUGGAGUAAGCCAGGUAGAUUUAUUUGGUGGUCUUGGAAACCAGGCACAAAUUAAUCUUAACCUUGACGAACACUGUCCUGUCGAUUACGAAGCCCCAACUUCAGAAGACUAA